AUGUCUGACGCCGCCGUUGUUGAAGCCACCGCAUCUCCAGUCGCCGCUGUUGAGAAAAAGGCACCUAAGAAAGCCGCUGCCAAGGCAAAGAAACCCUCUGCUGCCCCAAGCCAUCCACCAACCCAACAAAUGGUCGAUGCUGCCAUCAAAACAUUGAAAGAACGUGGUGGUUCCUCAUUGCCUGCCAUCAAGAAAUACUUGGCCAGCACAUACAAAGUUGAUGCUGUAAAAUUGGCCCCAUUCAUCAAGAAGUACUUGAAGAGCGCUGUUGCUAGUGGAAAAUUGAUCCAAACUAAAGGUAAGGGUGCCUCCGGUUCAUUCAAAUUGUCCCCAUCUGCCUCGAAGGAACCUAAAGCAAAGAGCGCUGAAAAGAAGAAGAAGGCCCCAGCCGGUGAUAAGAAAAAGAAGGCAGCAGCACCCAAAAAGGCAGCCGGUGAAAAGAAAGCCGCUGCAAAGAAGCCUUCCGCUGCUAAAAAGACCGCCGAGAAGAAGAAGACCGAAAAGGCCAAGGCUAAAACUGCCAAAAAGACAGGUACAGUUAAAGCUAAACCCGCAAAAACAGCCGCCAAAGCAUCAGCCACUAAACCAAAGGCACCCAAGGCAAAAACCACCGCUGCCAAGCCCAAAAAGGCUGCCGCAGCAAAGAAGCCAGCUGCCAAGAAGACCGCC